UUCAUCCUGCAGCUUCCUGUAUUGAGUUCAUAACGGAGAGCUCGGACGCCGCUGAUUAAAAAGAAUCCGUACGUACGAGCAUCUUUUGAUCAUUUCAAAACAAUCACCUGACUGGAUGCUGAACUAUUGUCAUCUGCUGUAGGGACACUGACAGUUGAAGCUCGUGCUCAGGAGGUUUUGAGUCAGGACAGAUUGAACAGAAGACAGAGGAAUGUCUGCUAUGAAGACUGAAGAGGAUGCUAACGGGACGAGCACAGCUAACGGAGGAGGACGAGGAGGAGUGUGUGAGGAGGGCAGCGUCACGGUCCUCAGUCCCACUGACCUAUCAGAGAUGCUGGCAGCAGGAACCAAAGAAGUUCACGAGAAGGCCGAAAACACAGAGUUUGUCAAAGACUUCCUGAAGGGACGGAUCCGCAAGGAGCUCUUCAAGCUCGGCCACGUGGCUUUAUUCUUCACGUACUCCGCCAUGGAAGAGGAGAUCGAGAGGAAUAAAGAGCACCCUCAUUUCGCCCCGCUCUACUUCCCCCACGAGCUCCACCGGCGGGACGCUCUGGCUCGGGAUCUGGAGUUCUUCUACGGCGAGGACUGGCAGAGUCGGAUCCGCAUCUCUCCCGCGACUCAGCGGUACGUGGACCGCAUCCGGCAGGUCGGCCGGGACCAGCCCGCGCUCCUCGUGGCCCACGCCUACACGCGCUACAUGGGGGACCUCUCGGGGGGGCAGGUGCUGAGGAAGGUGGCCCAGCGCGCGCUGAAGCUGCCGCCCACAGGAGAAGGCCUGAGCUUCUACGAGUUCGACGGCAUCCACAGCGCCAAGGCCUUCAAGCAGCUGUACCGCAGCCGGAUGAACGAGCUGGAGCUCGACACACACACCAAGAGCAGGGUCGUGGAGGAAGCCAACCUCGCCUUUCAGUUCAACAUGGAGAUUUUUGGAGAACUAGAGGAGGUUGGAAAGACCCUUCAGGACGAUGUUUUAGACGCCGCUCCUGCUCAUGGCGAGAUACAAGGAGACGUCAGUCAGUGUCCGUACCAUGCUGCCAAAACGGCUGCCAGUAAUGGAUCAUCUUACGUUUGUCAAGUGGCCAUGACUGUGCUUAAAAAUCCCUCCGGUCAAGUCCUAUUGGCCGCCUGGAUCGCUGCUCUAGCCGGAUUGGCUGCUUGGUACCUCAUGUGACCCAGUCUUAGUGCAUCCCAUUUGCCCCCCUCGUCCUUGGAUAAAUGUGAUUUAAAAUGAUAAUGAGCACAGACUUUUUAAACGCAGGAUAGCAUAGGUUAUUGUGGCAGCGUUGAUGAAGUUAAGGCUGGAGAAGAGCUGCGGAAUUAUGCAGAGUGUUAUUUUUAUAGUUUUAUCGCAGUAUCGAGUCAUUUGGUGCGACAAGUCAAAUGGGCUGAAACAUAUUCUACGCAAGUACGUGAACAUAAACGCAAGAUUGAUUACAUGCGUCAUGUUAAUUGUGUUGAAUUCUCAUUCAUCACUAUAGGGGGCGCUAUAGAAGGUAUUAGUGCAAAUUGUCUUCAAAAGUGAGUUUUAUUGGCCCAAUUUGUCAUGCGUGCUUUCAAAUGAGAUAUGCUAUGCAUAUAUGCAGCAUUUAUAAAGAAAAGCAGGAUUUCUGCAGGGCAGACCACUGAGAUGUCAGGUCAAAAAAUGACUGCCACAACGGUUAAUGAAGAAAAGCCUUUUUUGAAGAGGUUUAGAAUGUAAAAGAUGGUGGAAUUGCACAUUAAGGUCAUUUUUGUCUAGUUACACAAAAGGACGUGUUACAGACUCGGCAUUUAGGGAUUUUUCUACAUAGUCGGUUUAAUGGGCCAGAAUGAACAGUUUUUACUAAUUGAGGUUUUCAGUGAUGAUGUAGAUAAAUAACUUUUAUACAUUCAUUAUUAUUGUGUGUACAUAUUAUUAUAUGUCAUAUGUAUACACAAUUAUAUAUAUAUAUAUAUAUAUAUAUAUAAUUACUAUAGGCUGAUAGAUUGGUCCAGGGCUUUACUCAAGGCUUUGAUGAAUGAUUAUCAGAUAUAUUAAGUAUUUGAAUGCAAUUUAAACAAGGGAACAAUACUGAAUGAAUUACUAUACUGUUUUUGUACAAGCUAGAAUUAGCAAUAGUGUUUUUCUCUGAAGGUGAUUCAUUGAUCCGACUUGCAGUAUGAAAUUAUUAACAUUUAUGGAUAAUUGUUAUGUAUGCAAUAAUUUCUCGAGUCUUCAUGCAACUUUUAAUCCAUUCAUUGAUAGUUUUGUUCCCUUUGACAUUAUAUUUUUUGUUUAAGAGCUAACCUUAAAGAUCAUUAUACUGAUGAAUAUUUUUCUUGAAGUGUUUAAUGUAAUACCAAAUGCUGAGGGGCCGAACAUUCACAGGACUUUUUGAACCAAAGGACAUGUUACUUUGCAUUACUAAUCGGAUCAUAAAGUGUUUUUCAUAAAUGGUUGUGCUUGGGUUUUAUGCAGAUAAUUUAAUUUUUUGGCUUAUUUUGUGUUUUGAAUAACUGACUGCUUUAAAAAAAAGUGCUUUUUUAGUUGUUUAAAUUGUUCCCUUCAGAUGUAUGUUCACUGUAAUGAGUAAUAAAUUUACAACUGUGCUGCA